CGAUGGUACCCUGCUCGCAAGCUAAUUGGAUACUUGGACGUCAACUGAAUGACGUAUGCGGAUAUGUAACGGGGGAAUCUACACCGGUGAGAAACUGUUCAUCUGUCUGAUGGCUGCCUCAGGGAAACUGUCGUCUUUCCGUCUGCCUCCCUUACCUACAGUGAGUGAGCUUGUGAAGCUGUACAAACUGCGAGCAGAGAAACAGCUCUCCCAGAACUUCCUGUUGGACUUGAGGCUCACAGACAAAAUAGUGCGUCAAGCAGGGAAAUUGAAGGAUGCCCAUGUGUGCGAGGUGGGUCCUGGUCCUGGAGGUCUCACUCGCUCCAUCCUAAAUGCAGGAGCAACAGACCUGCUUGUAGUAGAGAAAGAUACACGCUUCAUCCCAGGGUUAAAGCUUUUGUCCGAGGCGGCGCCUGGGAGGUUGAGGAUUGUCCACGGUGACAUUCUCACGUACAGAAUGGACCGAGGAUUCCCAGUCAAUAUAACCAAGCCAUGGGAGGAAGAUCCACCAAACAUUCACAUCAUAGGGAAUCUCCCCUUCAACGUCGCCACCCCUCUCAUCAUUAAAUGGCUGGAGAACAUAGCCAAUAGAACGGGGCCGUUUGCCUACGGACGCACGCAGCUUACUCUCACCUUCCAGAAAGAGGUGGCAGAGAGGUUGACAGCCAGCACAGCCAGCAAACAGAGGAGCCGUCUGUCCAUUAUGGCUCAGUAUCUCUGCACAGUCCGCAACUGCUUCACCAUCCCUGGACGAGCCUUUGUGCCUAAACCAAAGGUGGACGUGGGAGUGGUUCACUUCACCCCUUUGGUUCAGCCUCAGAUCCAGCAGCCUUUCAAACUGGUGGAGAAAGUCAUCAGGAACGUCUUCCAGUUCCGCAGGAAGCACUGCCAUAAAGGCGUAGAAAAGCUGUUCCCUGAGGCGUGUCGUCUGGAGCUGACACAGAAGAUGAUGCAGGAGGCAGAUGUGGACCCCGUUCUACGCCCAACAGAACUCACUUUACCUCAGUUCAGAGCUUUAGCCGAUGCCUACGCUCACCUCUGCACCCAGGAGCCUAGCCUCCUCAGCUAUGAGUUCAGGGAGGAGCUGAGACUGAAGCACUAUGCCAAGCUAAAAAACACACCAAUGGACACAUUUAGCAACACGACAACUGGCACACUAGCAAGUCCUCAACAGCCCUGCUGAACAAAAAAAAUAAAGCAAGGAAACCAAGAGUAACCCACUAAUAGCUCCUGUUAGCGCAAGGAACAGCAGUCUGCUCUUAGCUGUGCCAUUUCCACCUGGCACAAGCAUGAAUUUUUUAAAUGUUGUUCCCAGUGCUCAGUGAGUAAUAGGUAAAUUGCUAUAUGUGAAAUCCUUGGACUGAGAUAAGAACCGCAAGGCAAAUAAAAGGUCUCGACUGUGUUGGACUGGCUCCAAGACUUUGUUCCAAGAUUGGAGGACUUAAAGCAGUCAUAUGUUUUGGGAAAGUAAAGAAUGCAUGCUCAUUACCGGCUAUAUCUUUUUUUCCAAUGCUUCCUUCCUACCCAACUUGCAUAACUUCUUGUCCUGUGGGACCUGAUAGAAAUGUCAGAAUGUUUUCAGGGUGAAUUAGAGAAUGGGAACAACAUGGCAGUGCAAUAUCCAGGACAUUUUUCCUUCCACUAUGAACUAUAUUGCUUUGUCACUGGGGAGACGCAGCCUAAAGGGAGGAGAAAAGUGAUGGGAGUUUGUAAGCUUCAGAAUGUAUUUUCUCUCUUUUAUAAAAGGAUGAGGGAAACAACUGUUCAUAAAUUAAGAAAAUCUGAAUGAUGCACAAUUGGUAUUUAAGGCAAAUCUGUUUAAUCCAAAAUGUUAUUGAUGGCACCUACAUCCUAAGAUCAUUCACAUAUCUUGUUCUGGGUAGAGCAUUUAUAAGAUAUUUGUCAAAUAAACCUGACCUUGGUGUUGUUGUUUUUUUUAAGUUUCAUGUCAAUAAAAGUGUUGCUUCAA